GUAUGUAGUUUUAUAAUGUGUUGUUUAGUUUUGGAACAAUUAACUUGACAAUUAGUGCAGGUAUGAGGGGUCGAGGCUCAGGCGGAGGCUCAGGCCGAGGAUCAGGCCGAGGAUCAGGCCGAGGACGGGGGGACCCUACCGAGCCCGUUGAGGAGCAGCAUCGUGAGGAGGCUGGAGGACCUGUUCAGCCUUUGCAGGAGCGUGAGGCAGGCGAGCCCCCGGCCAUUUUGGACCACCAGGGUAGGGCGAUGGUUCGUCCGGACCCUAGCAGGACAAUGUUGCUGGACUCUGGGCCUGUUUCUCGGGCUAUCCGGGAUAUUUUCAGGCAGUGCUGGUUCGAGACUGGAUCAGCAUGGCGCUUUCUGACAGCGGACCAGAGGGAGUUCUAUUUUCAGGAAUUUCAGAAGAAGUUCUGGUGGGAUGACUCUGCGUACAGCGAGGAGGUAAUCAGACGGGUCUUCAUGACCCAUGCAGCCACCCGGUACAAAGACAACAUCCACAAGAUGAGGAAAAUGCAAAAGAAGCAUACAUCUGUGAAUCAGGAGAUCUGGGAAGCCUGGAAUGCAUUUUGGGACACAGAGAAGGAGAAAAAGAAGUCAGAGACAGCUCGGGCAAACCGGAUGAGUGAGCCUGCGGGCCCCGGUUCUGGUCCUGUCCGCCAUACCGGAGGAUCUCGCUCUGCUAUCAAGCAUAUGGAUGUGAUGGCUAAGGAGCUCGGCCGGAAGCCGAGUGCGACAGAGCUGUACAGUCGCCUUCAUAAAACGAAGGCUGAGAAGAAACCAGUCGACAAGAGGGCUCAGGAUAUGACUGACGCCAUCGCUGAGAGGCUUGCUGCUGCGACACAGUCGCCGACCGGAGAGGGGAGCACCUCGAGUCCUGUGGAUGAGACGCAGAUAUUUAUGGAUAUCGAGGGCGUCAACAAGAAGCAUCGGGUGUACGGCCUGGGUUCGGCUACCAGCAGAUAUGUAGGGCCGAGUAUCAGACCGCAGAGAGGCAGCUCUUCACGGACAUCACAGCAGACGGAUGAGGAGGUCGAGCGCCGUGUGCAGGCCGGCAUCCAGGAGGGCCUGCGGCAGGUUGAGCAGCGGUUGGCGGCGCAGCAGGCCAGCAUGGCACAGAUGAUACGUGAUGAGAUUGCACGGAUGAUGCCGAAUCUCCCACCAGAGUAUCAGCCACAAUUUCCCCCUCCUCCGCCAGACGGUGGCGAUACUACAGAUUUGUAGUUUCCUGUUUAUUUUAUUUUCUAAAA